ACCUCAACAACCGAGCUUCAUGCCGUCCAGUAUCAACGUCACAGAGUUGCUUAAUCCGUAUACACCAAUGGCUUUUUUGCCACCAGACCUCGCUUUUCAGGAGCAAACCUCAAGUUAUGUUCUUGUCGGUGCAGCUGGUGCCAUGGUUUGGGAUAUACUUACAAAUAUAAAUAGUGACUAUAAGCUUCUGUUCAAACAGAGGAUUGGUCUGCCUACCAUUGUAUAUUUUAUUUCCAGAAUUGCAGCACUCUUCUACGUUCUGAUAAGCACCAUCUUUGAUUCUGCUCCUGUGGGCCGCUGCAGUAUAUAUCAAGGAGCAAUCAAUGUCUCAUAUCCCAUCACUGUUCCUGCCACAUCAUUACUGUUUUUCUUCCGCAUUCGUGCAAUAUUCACUGGGAACAACUAUAUCAUCUCGUUUUUCUUUGCCUUGUGGCUGGCAGUUCUUGGAGGUUCAUUAACUCUUCUCAAGGGUGUCCGGGCUAGCACCAUUGGCCCAACUCAGUACUGUAUUAACUCUGUUAUAGAGCCUUACGUUGGGGCUACUGUUAUUAUGCCUCUUGUUCACGACACGCUCGUGUUUCUUGCCAUUUCAUGGUGUCUCGUCUCAAAUAGCCAUAUCAAUUAUAAUGCCACAAGUCGGUGGAAGGCACUAUCUGGCCACUACCUUCCUAACUUCUCAAAAUCCCUCUUGCGAGAUGGCCAACUGUACUAUUUGAUCACUGUGGGCGGUAAUCUAUUGACCACCAUUAUGGUCUUUGUUCCCUCAGUUUCCGUGCCUUAUCGCACAAUGUUCACCGUUCCUAAUGUGAUGUUGACCAAUGCCAUGGCCUGUCAUGUCUUUCGAAGCACCAAAAUUGACCUCAUCAGAGGUUCAGCGUACAGGGAAGAUUCAAACCGCAGCACCCUUCCACUGGCAUUCAGAGGUCCCACUCUUCACAGUAAUGUGGUGGACCCAACCCACACACUGGAUUUUGCUUUGACAGAUGUGCAAGCCAAAACGACUGGGCGCAUAAUGCCCACAGAUUCAGCAUCGACCUCAAAGGCACUAUCUCCAAUAUAAAUACUGAUACCGACUUACUGACUGGUGUAUGCCCGUAUU